AUGACUGACCCCCCUCUUGCGUCUACCACCCUCAGGCUUGCCGGUCGUGCAGCUGAUCUCUCGUCCGAGCUGUAUGCCGUCCAGGAAAGAUGCGGUCAUACAGGUGCCAACGUCGAGAGCGUCGCUAAUGAGAUUGCAAUGCUUGCGGCAACCCUUUGGCGCCUCCAUGAAGCCAUGGCGGAAGAUCCAGAUCGUUAUUCCGAAUCCUUCAAUCAGGAUCUUGCAGAGAUCACUUCGGAGCUCAAGCUUGUUUUCGAGGAGAUUUUCGAGUGCUGUGAGGAGCUGCAAAAGGCUGAUCCUAUGUCUGGAAAUGCUGUCAGCUGGCUGUUCAAGAAGUCCAAAGUUCAUCAUCUACAGAAACACCUAGAAGCUCUGAAGACAACAUUGGCUGUCAUGAGGACUGUACUGCACCAUGGAAAGGAGUACGGAGCGCAAACUUCUUCCGAAUCUCACCACCCUACAAUGCACGGGGACCGUGCAAUAAUCGGCACCGUCUUUGCCACAAAUCGAAAUGCAAUCAUCGAUCUCCAUAACCUCGCCAAUUCUCCUGAAACCGUCCGUGAGGUAGCAGCCAAGGACUAUGGGCACGGAGAUGUAUCUGCUUUAAGCUCUGAGUGUCCUCCAGUCCCAGAUGUUCUUCCAGCAGCUCCUGAAGCCGUUUUGACCCCGCCCAAGGCCACCCCACGCAGAAGCUUCUCCCGCCGCGGUAUGCGUCUAGGUGUGCACAUGUCCAUCCUCGACAUGGGCGCUCAUUCCGCUCCUGAUGCUCUAAAGGACAAAUGGAUCCAAACCUCUCGAUCGCAUCAUCCGAUCAAGCCCAUGAUGAGCGGAGCAAGAUCACCACGCAAGGCAGACGUGCAGUUUCCUUUGGAAGACAGUCUCAGCAAGGCCAAUCUGUCACCUGAGAAGCAACCUCCCGGCAUACCCAAUCAUGGUCCUAAGGCAAGUCAUGGUUGGAUAUCUUCACCCACUGCAGGAAAGCUGCACAAAAUGAUUGAUCAUCUAGAACUAUCACAUUCCGCCACGAUCUCGAAAUUGGUUCCACACUUCCGACGUCGCUCAUCCGUCAGUAAGCAUCCAACGCAAGCAAUGCAGACAGAUGACCUCGGGCGCCGCCGCUCUUUAGCGGAAUAA